AUGAUUUUCCAAGCCAUUGGACAGCACAAAGUCUCCAUUGAAUUGUGUAGUGAACGAGGCUCCAUGCAAAGGAUAUUUGAUUUCUGGGUGGAAAAAGUACCUAUUCAUUACUCUAUUGAAUCAAAUGAAAAAAAAAUACCUGUAAAUACUCCAAUAACUCUGACAUCUCGAAUUCAAGGUGUUGGCAGUGGAGGUGUGAUUGAAGUAUUUGAUGAAUAUGGCUAUUUCGAUACUCGAAAUGUUGGUCGUAAUGUUUUAAUUUCACCCCAAUUCACUCACCAACAUCCCGGUUUCUCCAAUCCCGGUAAAUAUGUGCUCCACGGAAGUUUAACUAUUGGUUCUGUCAACUUGUCAAAUAUUGAAAUUAUCUAUGUCAUGCCACCAUUUGGUGCCUACCUCCUGCAAGUGAAUCAAACUCGUGUUGCUGAAAAUGAAGUGCUAAUUGCGGAAAUAGUUCUUAUCAAUGGGCAAGAAAGUCCAUGUCUAGACGUAUCAAUUGACUGGGACGAUGGAACUGAACCAACUACCUUGGCUUACUAUCAAUUGUAUGCACCAAUAAAACAUACCUACACUAAGGGAGGACAAUACUCCAUACAAACUGUGGUAGAACAAAAUUCAGUGAAAGAAACCCUCCAUGAUGUCCUUGUUGAAAUUGGUCCUGGACUUUCUAAUGUGUUUUGCAGUGUCAGUCCAAGUAGUUAUAUUACUGUCGGAGAUUAUUUCGAAUUGGUAGGUGAAUUUUACAGCAGCAGAAGUGUGGAGGUUACUAUUGAUGAACCGGGAGGUAUGGCCCCAACGAAAAUUACUGCUUCUACAUCUCCCUGGUCAUAUGCUCCAAGUCCGCAACCUCAAGGUACAUGGACAUACAGCAUCUUUAUGACCAACGGUUUUUCCACGCAUAAUCACGAUCUGACAGUUGAGAUCCAAAAUCAAGUCACUGAUUUUUCAGCCUACCUUGAAGAGGAGAAUGUCGGUCCACCAGGUGAUCUGAUUUUGCACGUUAUCGAUCGAGGAGUGGCUGGUGCGAGGUCGAGUACAUAUGAAGUCAAUGUUAACUGGGCUAACGAGAAUAUCACAACGGCCUCAAUGAAUAGCACAGUCAAUGAUCUUCAACUCAAUCAUCGAAUGUCGAAAGAGGGCAACCUCGCCCUUAAUAUCAGUGUGAGGAAUAGAGCUUCAUCUCAGCAUAUAACAUUGCCAUUAGGGAAUUUUAAGGUCAUCGCCAAUAUGAGCAAUACUAUCAACUACUACGUCUUUGUCAAGACCAUCCACGUGACGGGUGUGGUGAGGGGUAUGCGCCUCUCUCCCUCCACAUUAAAUCUUGCUCCAAACGUCCAAGGUGAGCUUAGACUCUCCUUUGUUGGUCUUGCUGAUGCAGUUUGUGUAUGUGUGGAUCUUGGAAAUGGUGCUCAUAUCGCUUUCCCACCUGUUGGAGGGUCAAUGUGCCACGAUUGUCCCUCCUAUACCGUCUUAUCUCGAUCAAUUGACAAGAGGUCCUUCACCAUUCCUGUUUUGUACUCUGAA